UAAAAAUAAGUUUAAUUACAUUCCCUAAUCCUUGAUCUUGAUUCACCAGUACCUUGGCUAUUAGCUGAAUAGGUAAGGUAACCUUUCCUGCCUACUUACAAUCCUCCUUAAUUUGACAGGACUUCACAUAUUCUCCAUCGUUUGGAAUAAAACCCUUUUUUAUAAGGCUAUAAAAGGAGAAAAUUUUUUCAUUUACGAAUUUCUUUUCGUUGAUCAUUUCCUUUGAUCUAGUUUCAUACUUCAACAAGGAAUCCCUGUUAGUGCACUAUUUGUGUAAGUAAAAAAGCCUUAAGCUGUUCAAUUUUUGAACUUUUCUACUUAAUACAACAAAAUGAGUAAAAUUGCUGGAAAGCGUCUCGUAUAUUUUCCUAAUAUACCGUUUAUAUUAUAUCGAGGACUAAAUUUACCACCCAACUUUGCUGCCUUUCGUGUUCCUCUGAAUGUGAAUAAAUUUGACGUUCGAGAUUAUUUAUUGCAUGUUUAUAACCUCAAAACUCUUUCUGUGAAAACCAACAUUUACCAAGGAUCUCUUUACCGAAAUGAAUACGGUCAAGUGAGAAGACAAGCAGCUACAAAACGCGCGAUCGUCGAGAUGGAAGAACCGUUCAUUUACCCAGAAGUUCCAAAGGAUUUACGACAGUGGCGGGCUGGCGAUUCUUUGCCAGACGGCACAAGUGCUAAAACUUUGACUAGAUAUCCCUUGUAUUUGGAAAAACCUAAUAUGAAAGUUGUCAAUGAAGAGCUAGAUAAGCUACAGGAAGCAAGUGUCUCCAAGUCUCAGCAAAAGAUUUCUCGCUUACUAAGAAGCAUCCAUUGAAAAAGCUUAUUUUUUGUCAUGUCUUCUUCCCUUCUCUUAUUUUGCACGACUUAGCAUUCACUUUAUUCCCUAAUACUUAAGUUACACGGUUAAUAGUCAUUUUAGGACUCUAUCUUUGUGAUAGUGUGUUAUGCCUCAAAGUAGAAAUGUAAAACGAUUAAAUAUGAAAUGAAUGUUUUCAUAAAAAACAUGAAAGAUGGUGUGAAACUAAAAACGAAUUUCGCAAGUGCCUGCACGUGUCGAGUAGCGAAC